UCUCUAACCCUCACUGGCAUUGAACUGUCACUAAAUGAUAUGCAGCAGGCUUAUUCAGGAAAAACACAUAAUGUGACCUGUUCACAGUACGCACCCAGAUUAUGAUGGCAGUUAUUUAAAUGUGUGUUUAUUUUCGGCCUGUGUGUUAGAAUUCGCCAACCCACAGCUGCUGCAUGAUUGGAUACGACUGCUCCGCUUCCAAAAGGUCAUGUGAUAAACCAGACUUUGGAUGCUAAUUGGGGAGGGGGUUUAUUGUCUCAAAGUACAGAGACUCUGUAAGGAGAUGUUCCUCUUUCUAUAAAGGUUUAAUUUGUAUCCUCAGUAACUUGCUUCAGAAAAUGAUCAUCACUGUAAACUAAACUCUAAACUAUGGGGAUUUGUAAUAACUUGGUUUAUGCACAAACACAGUAACUGUCCUUUAACAUAUCCAAUAUCAGUAUAUCAGAUGUCAGAUCAGUGAGUAAAACAUAGUGAGGAGAGCGCAGUACAUUGCCCGUACAGAGUGCUGUUUAUCCUGGCUUUAGUCCUUUUCCAGCUCCUAGACAUAAGCCAUGAAUCCUCAAAGCAACACAUGCUGCUGUGUUUUUACACCGUUCUGUCCUUUUUCUCCUCGGCGCUCCCCUAGACGAAGGAGAAUGAGCCUCUAAUCUUCAUGAUUCACACUAUGAUCGAGAACUCGGCACCGAGGCCGCAACUCUAUCAGCAAGUCAGUCCAGACGACCAUAAAGAAGGCUCCUUCAUCCAGCGCACAGAGGAGCCUGACAUAGACACCAAGCUGAGCAGACUGUGUGAGCAGGACAAGGCUGUGAGGCUGCAGGAGGAUAAGCUGCAGCAGCUGCACAGAGAGAAGCACACUCUUGAGACGGCCCUGCUGUCUGCCAGUCAGGAGUUGAGUGAACAUAGCGGAAACAACGGCGCCGCACAGAGCCUGCUGCAGCAGAGAGACACGCUGCAGAGAGACACGCUGCAGAGCGGCCUGCUGCAACAGAGAGACACGCUGCAGAGCGGCCUGCUGAGCACCUGCAGAGAGCUGAGCAGAGUGACCACGGAGUUGGAGCGCUCCUGGGGGGAGUAUGACAGGUUGGGGGCCGACGUCACUCUGGCGAAGUCCACCCUGCUGGAGCAGCUGGAGGCCCUGGGCAGCCCACAGACAGAGCCCCCGAGCCAGAGACACAUCCAGAUCCAAAAGGAGCUGUGGAGGAUCCAGGACGUGAUGGAGGCUCUGGCCAAAAACAAACCCCAGCGGAGCACAGACAACACAGGUGUGCCUGCUUCCAGACCGCUCUCCAGUCUCCAGAAGAACGAGCAAAAUCCAGACUACCGGCUGUAUAAAAGCGAGCCUGAACUCACCACGGUGAAAGAGGAGUUGGAUGAGGCCAACGGGGAGGACAAGGACAAGGCAGAGAGCUCGGACACAGCUUCCAAAGUCUCUCCUACAGCGCCCUCCUGCCCGGUGGGCAUCAUUCCUCCUAGAACCAAAUCUCCUAUGAGUCCCCCCGAGUCCUCCACCAUUGCCUCUUAUGUCACCCUGAGGAAGACCAAGAAGCCUGAAUCCAGAUCAGUAAGUGUUUCCCUCAGCGUCGACAGACACAGAAACACAGUUAGAUCAAAUGAUUCCAGUUGAGCAAAUGUGGCAGAAUCAGCCGCAGGGGGGCUGUCUUGUAAAAUGUCUCUGAGGUUGACAUUCUUUUGAGUCAGAUUCUUAAUAUGCUACAUCGAGAAGGUGACACACAUCUACAUUUACAAUGACACGUCUCUUAAUAGUGUCAUUCAGAGGACUUGCCAUAGGAACCAUGUGGGCACAUGUUUGUAAAUGCUGCCUGAAUACAGAGUUCGUCUGCAGGGUCAAAGCUUUUCUUCACAUCUCAGAGCUAAUCUCUGAAUAAUGUUGUUGUUUGAUUUAGAGGUAAUAUCUUUUAAUAUGUCUCUUUAAUCACAGUUGUCGUGAUUUCUGCUCUAGUUAAUAUUUUGGUGUUGCAUUAGACAUUUAAGUAACUCAAGCAGGGAAGAGCAAAUGAUAAGAAUAUGAAAGUGUAAGAAGAGUCUAAAAGCACAUGAGCAGGAGUUUGGUUCAAAUUAGCCUUAUACUAAUAUCAAUAAAACAGCAAAGUAGAUCAAAUAAAUGAAUGACUUAAUGCAGAGUUUCUGUUGCAAACUGAACCUCUGAUGGUUAUGAUGCACUUAUGUCUGUUUUGUACUCAUUUUCAUCUUCACAUUGUGUGCAAUGCCUUGUUUACAUGCUGCUGUAACAAAAAUGUUUCCAAAGUUGGGAUCAGUAAAGUAUAUAUGGUCUUAUCUUAUCUUAGUGCUGUGGAAUCCUACUUUAUGUGUAGUUCCACUUCUACACCUCCACAUUUUCACUCCCGGUUUGUGCCGACCACACGUGGGACUUCUAUUUGAGUAAUUCUUUCUUUACAUGCUCUUAUUUGUUAGUGGACAUUCGUUCACAGUAAUGUCUGACUCACUCCAUGACACUAAAGGUGUAAAAAUCCACUGUACCGAUCUAGGGCAGCCACACAGCUGAGACCAGAUAUACAUCCUGACCAUAAACACUCAGAUUUUAAUAUCUGCACAUACAGUACCAGUCAAAGGUUUGGACACACCAUCUCAUUCAAUGGUUUUUGUUUAUUUUAUUGUUGUUCUACUUUGUAGAUUAAUACUGAAGACAUCAAAACUAU